CCAGAAUGCAUUUAACAAGAAAAUGGCCGAUUCAGAAUGACGGGUCGCGUCUGCUGUGCUAGCUAGCUUGAAUUUGCUUUAUUUCUGUAAUUACAUUCCAGCAGCUAGUAAAUACAUUGUGUAGGAAUAUUACGUGACACGCGAUGUCCAUUUGAUGUGUUUGUGAAGUAAACGAAGCACUGUAUAUUCUUUUUUCAUUCGCAGCUUUUAUCGUUGGAAAUCAAAUCAAGUGCAGACAUGUCCUCAAUCAUCGUAGCAAAACGAGAGGGACCACAGUUCAUCAGCGAGGUCGCUGUGAGGGGCAACGCCGCCAUGCUGGACUACUGUCGGACGUCUGUGUCGGCUCUGUCCGGGGCAACAGCGGGCAUCCUUGGACUCACAGGACUGUACGGAUUUAUAUUCUAUUUCCUCGCCUCGUUUCUCCUCUCCCUUCUUCUAAUCCUCAAGGCCAGUCGCAGGUGGAACAAGUGCUUCAAGUCUCGGAGGAUGCUCUUCACAGGAGGGCUCGUUGGAGGUCUUUUUACCUACGUCCUGUUCUGGACCUUCCUCUACGGAAUGGUGCAUGUGUACUAAUAUAGUUGACCAGAAUGAUUUUGGUUUUAACCCUAAUGUCAGAGAAAUUAAUAUUGUUUAACUGCCCACACACUGUUUGUAGAUAUAGGUGAUUGAUGAAAGAUGUUAGAUUAACUGUUUAUACAGCUAUGUGAAGUACACUAUAUAUGCAAAAGUAUGUGGACACCCC